AUGGCUGAAACAUCAAAAAUCGAAUUUGCCUCAUUGGAACCGACGCUGUUAGACCGAAUCUUGACACGAACAUAUGGCACGGUAUAUCCAACAGCUGACCAAGUGACUGCAAUCAACACAUUCACCACCAAAAUCAACUCGAUGUAUGCCCAUACAACAAGCCAUGCAAAUUUGCGCUUCAAAUGGAAGACUUCAGUUAAUUCCACGGUGUGGUUGGGUGGGACAUUCACGACUUCCGUCUUUACUGCAAUUCAGUACAACUCGUCGACUGAUUACAUUCCAUGUGUCUCUCCAAUUGGAAACAGUGGCAAUGGCAGUGAACUCAUAUCUAUAAUUACAGGCUUGUAUAAGAGAAAAAAGUUAAGCGAAAUCAUUUACAUUGAAAUUGCAGGGACUAAAUACAACAAGGAGAACGCACUACAGAAGUUCACUCUUAAAAUACUUGAAAAAAUCAGAUUUGCACCAAGUGCUUCGAACAAACAGGAGUGGAGAAUUGUUAUCAGCGAGAACAAAAUGCACUUCUUUGGAAUCAAAGGAAGUUGGACAGCACUCGACAUGGGCAUCUGCACCGCACAUGCACAAGUCGCGUUGGCUGGAAAUAAAGUAGAAGGAAAGUUUGAAAUUGAAAAGCCGGAGAUUUGUGUGCCUGGUGACUGA